AUUUAACACCACUAUGAGUGCAAAUAGCCCAACCAGGGAACAAUAAAUAAAAAAUUUAUAGAAGGUACAAAAUAAACCAGUUAGUCACGGAAAUAUCUGCCCAAUUCCCAUCUAUAAAUCCUACGGUAAAUUUCGUUAGAAGCUUUUACAGUAGCCAAUUCUGACAACCGAAUCUCGGAUUUACCAAGAAGAGGGGGACGUGAUAGAGUCAAAAAAACACACAGAACGAAACCACCUUCCAGCUCUGCAGCGGUCUCCAUUUUAACUGUUUGCCCGGUCGGUACCUCACGUGUUCUGGACGGUCUUUCUCACAUGACCCUUGUUUGUCCCCGUGAUCAGUACUUCCAACUCCGUAUUUCAGUGUCGCUGAAUAUCACAUUUUAAACUGUAACCUUCAUGGAUAUGCAUGAACAGAGUUUGGACAGCUCUACAGGUCACGAGAAACAGGAAACAGAGGAGAUUCUACAACUGGAAGGUAGGUAUCGGGGUGUGGGGACAGAGGAGCAGACUGCAGUUACCAUAGAGAGUGUACAGCAGGCUGCAGCUUUUGCGGAUCAUAAUGUUCAAUACCAGUUCCGCACAGAGAACAGUGGAGGACAGGUGACCUAUCGUGUGGUCCAAGUGACAGAUGACCAGCUAGAGGUAGCAGGCGACGGGACUGGGGCAGUCAGUGUGGUUUCCACUGCUGCAUUUACUGGAGUACAGCAAGCAGUGGCACAGGCUGUUAUUCAGAACCCCUUCAGUAAUGGGGGUAGUCCAGCGGGGGAGACGGUGGGAGGGGAAACGCGUUUUGCCUAUUUCCCUGCUGCCACAGUCAGUGUCAGUGAUGGGGCAGCCACAGCAGUGUCGGUGCAGGCUGACCCAACACUCACACAGGCCGGAGGUCAGUUCUAUGUGAUGAUGAGCCCACCUGAUGGGUUGCAAGCUGGCACGCCAAGGACCAUUGCCCCUCGCACACACACCUACACCACAGACCACGGUGAAAAUGAGAUACUACAGCAUGGCAGUUCAAACUGGAAGAUGGAUGGUCCACGGGCACCUAGGGAUGAGAGAAGGAGAGCACAACACAAUGAAGUAGAAAGACGGAGAAGAGACAAGAUCAACAACUGGAUUGUCACCCUCUCAAAGAUCAUCCCAGACUGCAACAUAGACAGUACUAAGACUGGAGCAAGUAAAGGAGGGAUCCUGUCGAAAGCGUGUGACUACAUCCGGGAGCUGAGACAGAAUAACCAACGAUUGCAGGACAGCUUCAAAGAGGUGUUGAGAGUUCAGGCAGACAACGAGCUACUCAAACAACAGAUUGAGGAGAUGAAGAAUGACAAUGCACUGCUUCGAGCUCAGCUACAACAGCACGGCAUAGAGAUCAAUGGAGAUACGACACCACAGUGAUCUACUGGACACACACACACACACUCUUACUUACUCACUGGAACACUGGUAAAAUACAAAUACUUAUAGAAUACAUGAAAGUACACAUGCUCACGUGCAUGCAUCAUCAGAAAUUGCCACGCAUACACAGAACAGAGGGCUUGAGAGGAAGAAGUGGACUGCUGACUGAUCAAGCCCCCUCCAACCCCCACACACACUCUCUUCCAAGGCUGAAAGCUGAAAUUCAUGACUCUGUAACUAAAUUAGUUCCCCUCCUCUGCUCAAAGAAUAGCCAACUUUUCAAAUGUUGUGCAUUCACCUAACUGUUUUUGUUAUGGACAAUGACAAUUCACAUUUAUUCUGUUUUAACCUGCUGCAGUUUUCCAUGGCUUUUUUGGGGCAUUUGUAGUGAGUAAUACUACCAUGUCUGACAUGAAUGAAUCCUUUUGUUUGUCAUUUAAUGUAUUAGUUUACAAUGAAUGUGUAUACAGAAUGAAAAGACAGUGGCGGUAGGGAUCAUAGUGCAAAUAUAGGGCUGAACUUUGCUGUUCCAUUUUCCCUUAGCGAUUACAAACCAUGGUAGACAAAUCAGGCACCUUCAUCCUUUGAUGCACACCAUUUCAAAGGGUUGUUUCAUUGUCAAGUGGAGGUAGAUAAGAGAAUACUGGUUAAGCUGUUUUAAAGGCCUGCGAUGUAAAGGUAUGGUCGUUGUAUUGACACUAGGCCUGACAUUGCAGACUAUCAGGGCAGUAGGUGAUAGCAUAGCUCAGGUCAUUAGGACAAUAUAUAAUAUUGGUUCCCAAAUUAAUUUCAGUCCCCUCUUCCUUGCUUAAUUUCUCUUAUCUCUUGUGUAGUCCCAUCUGGUGCACAAUAAAUCAUUUAACCUGAAUAUCAUUUUCACUAUAUGGUAAUCAUGCAUAUUUGGCAUUAAAUCAUGGUAUGUAUCUGCUUGUGAUAGGUCACUUACCGGUAUUCAAUACAUUAAUUGGAGCAUGUGUCAGCGUUGCCAUGUAUAAGAUGAUAACUGUCCCUGAGUCUCUAUGACAGGGGAUGCUCAUUUUACAGGCAUUCAAUUCAAAUUUGGGACACUGGGUAACUCAACUCAAUAUUGAGGAUCUGAGGGAGAGUUGUAUAUUAUGGAUUUUCACCAUGUCCUCCAGUAAUUUAAAAGUUUGGGAACCAGUGCUAUGAAGGAUAAUUGUAGCACAUCCCAGGUCAGCAGUGCUUUAAAGGAAUUCUUUGUGAGUGAAGGUUGUCAGCAUUCUUGUUUUUAUCUCCACUGAAAGCAAUCACAGCAUGGCAUUCUAACCACUGGCAAGAUUUAUUCCAAUUGUACAAUAACAUUUCAAUGUUCAUACUAUAGCAUUAACACAAUCAUUGGAUUGGUUCUGGAGAUAGAGGUGGGUUUGGAAAAUUGAGCUACAGUGUUAAAGGAUCGGUUCAGAAUUUCUUUACCAAAUCUGUUUUGAUGUAAAGGGCAUGUUGUAGAGGGGUCCAGACACGCUAGCAAUUUCACUUGGUUUUGAGAAACUUGGACCACCCGCAAUAGACUUGCUCGUUCUGCAGUAUGCUGCUUCUCCAUGUAGCCCGCUCAGCACAGCUGGUAGGGGAAAUGGCUUGAGUCUAAUAAAAUGGAAUAUAAUGUUGAAAUUGUGUUAUUCUGAAGUGUACAACAUCUAAAGACCUGCAUCACUACAAUGAGAGUGUGGCCAUUUCUGAAAGGAUGUAUUUUUCCGUAGCUCCUAUACUGCAGAACGAGCAAUGAGAAAGUCUAUUGCGGGUGGUCUAAGUUUCUCAGAACCAAAUGAAAUCGUUAAAAAAGUGGACACUUAUAUAACAUACUAUUUACAUUAAAAAAAGAUUUGUUCAGAAAUGGUGAAGCAAUCCUUUACCCCCUUGUAAAAAAUGUGGGGGCAUCUUGUCUGUUUAAAACACCUUAUCCAGGGGAGUGGCUAACCUAAUGUUUACUACUCGCUAUAAUUAUCCCUUUCUGGCUCGAAGGACCAUGAAAAAGAGUGGUCCUUUGAGACGGAUAGGGACAACAAUAUACUAUAUAACUGAAACAAAUAUGGACAACAGACUUUAGUUUCAUUAGCAUGAGCUAGCAGGGAGAAUAUAGUUUCCAUGUAAUUUUGAACUUGUAGGUCAAUUAGUCUUGUAUUGCCAAUAGAGCUGUCCCCGACUGAAAAAAAACUCUUGGUCCACCAAGAGUCCACUGUUCUUUCGACCAAUCGAUUGGUCAAACAUUUUUAAACGUGUAUUUUUCCAUAUAUAGACACACCCAAUGUGUUUUAAUAAAAUAUACUAUAUACAGUGAGCUUGUCUGAUGCUUUAAGACACAAAUGACUCAAGAGGGAGCCAGAGAUAAAGAUAACCAAAAGGGAAAAAAUUGUUCUGAUUCUCCUCCCGCUGCUGCUGGCCUUUACAGAUUCUGCCUUUACGCUCCUGAAGUUGCCGGUAAUAGGCUACACAAUAGGCCUUGUAACUAUAUUUGAGAAGGCCAAGUAAAACGCGGGAGAAAGCUCUCACUGAAGAUUCAGUUAAGCACCUUGGGGAGUGCCACUGCAGCGGCCGCUGUCAAGCAUAUAAAACCUGUCAAUGUUUUAGAAUUCAACUACGGAGUAGGCUAACUUACUGUUUUCAAGUGGUAUGUCAUAUUCGUUGUUGAACUAUGAGCAAACCGCUGUUUGCACAGUUUGCAUUCUACUUUUUGUUGGUCUUAAGUAGGCCUAAUUAGAGUAUCAAGUAGCCACUGUAUGUACCGAUAGGUACAUCUUAGGCUAUGAUUAGGCUCAUUUGCGUGUGCCGUCUGGAAAGAAUCUGCCGGAUACACAGUUGAAUGAAAGGGGAUGUUUGGCAUAUAUGUUAUUUAGUAAUACACCAUACAAUUCAGGAAAACACAUUUGUUAUAAAAUAUUUUUAUUAGUGUUACACCAUUGUUCUUAACUUAACCAUAUACAAUUUCAGUAGCACAAUUAGUGCCUUCAGGAAGUAUUCAUAACCCUUGACUUAUUAUACAUUUUGUGGUGUUAAAGACUGAAUUCAAAAUGUAUUACUUUUUUUUCACCAAUCUACACACUACCCCAUAAUGAAAAAGUGAAAAUAUGAUUUUAGAAAUGUUUGCAAAUGUAUUCAAUUAAAUACAGAAAUAUCUAAUUGACAUAAGUAUUCACACCCCUAUAUCAAUACUUUGUAGAAGCACCUAUGGCAGAGAUUACAGCUGUGUGUCUUUCUGGGUAAGUCUCUAAGUGCUUUCCACAACUGGAUUGUGAAAAUUUUUCAAAAUAUUUUCAAAUGUCUUCAUACUUUGUCAAAUUGGUUCUUGAUCAUUGCCAUUUUCAGGAUUUGCCAUAGAUUUUCAAGGAGAUUUAAGUCAACUGUAAUUCGUCCACUCAGGAACAUUCACUGUCUUCUUGAUAAGCAUCUCCAGUGUAGAUCUGGCCUUGUGUUUUAGGUUAUUGUCCUGCUGAGAGAUGAAUACAUCUCCCAGCGUCUGGUGGAAAACAGACUGAACCAGGUUUUCCUCUAGAAUUUGUCCUGUGCUUAGCUCCACCCCGUUUCUUUUUUUAUCCUGAAAAACUCACCAGUCCUUAACGAUUACAAGCAUGCACAUAACAUGAUUUCGCCACCACUAUUUUUGAAAAUAUGGAGAGUGGUACUCAGUAAUGUAUUGUAUUGGAUUUGCCCCAAGCAUAACGCUUUGUAUUCUUGACAAAAAGUGAAUUACUUUGCCACAUUUUUUGCAGUAUUACUGUAGUGCCUUGUUGCAAACAGGAUGCAUAUUUUGGAAUAUGUGUAUUAUGUACAGGCUUCCUUCUUUUCAUUCUGUCAAUUAGGUUAGUAUUGUGUAGUUACUACAAUGUUGUUGAUCCAUCCUCAGUUUUCUCCUAUUACAGCCAUUAAACUCUAACUGUUUUAAAGUCA